AACUUUUCUUCUUCUAUCCCCUACGCAUCUUUCAAAUUCAGAUCCAUUCCGUUUCUUUCUCCUUCACGUCAUCAACAAAUCGAGCAUUCCCUCAUUCAUCGCCACUUUCUUCCUCCACACUUCUCCAGGCGGAAAAGGAAGGCUUAAUUUGUUAGAAAUGGCGACAGUUCGAAUGUUUACCUUCACGCUUCUCUUUGCUGUUUUGUUUGUUCAACAAUGUACCUGUACAGAUCCGCCGGCAAGUUCACCAAGUCCUGCACCGGAAUCUGGCGCUGAUGUAGCUUAUCCACCGGUGAGUACGGCUCCGUCACCUUUAUCAAAUCUGACCUCUCCUCCAGCGCCUCCGCCGUCUGAUCUAUCUCCGGAUUCGUCUCCAGCGCCAUCACCAGGGAAUGCUACUUCGAAACAGUCUCCGUCUUCGGCACCAGCACCGGCUCCGAAUUCUGAAGUUGCAAGUGAUAUAAGCCACGAGAGUGAAGAGUCGUCGAAGGAAUCCUCUGGUGGUGGAAUGACGAGUGGGAAGAAGGCCGGAAUAGCAGUUGGAGUAAUCGCCGCCGUUUGUUUUGUAGGUCUCGGUGCAUUGGUGUACAAGAAGCGACAACAGAAUAUCCAACGAUCGCAGUUCGGACGAGGUGUUGCCCAGACGGAAGCAAAAAAUGUGGGAGCUCUCGGGUGAGGGGUAAAAAAAACUAAAGAAAAGAAAGAAAUGCAUUUGUAGGGUAAAGUACACCUUUAAAUUGAAUGAGUUGUUAGUUAGUUGAAUGAUUUUUUCAGGAAUAAAUGUGGAUCUGUUGUAUAUUGUUGGUUAAAGUUUGGAACUUGCUUCAUGUACACUGCAAUUGUACUUAGCGUGAAUGAAAUAGAAGCUGC